AUGAGACGCCAACCCAUUCUAAUGUUCAUUCCAAAUUCCUCGUGGAGGCUACCACUCCUUCUUGUUGUUGCAUCCUUCUUCUUGUGGAUGGUUUCCACAUCACAUGUUUCGCAACAUUCUUUCAUACAGGCAGCUCCAAUUAAGUAUCGACUGUCGACCAUAGCUGGGGUUUUUUCACCCACUUCCAAAGCAGAUGGACCUGUUUCGACGACACAACUCGAUGUGCCCUUCUUUGUGGUUGAGGCUCCUAAUGGUGAUUUGUAUAUGACUGAACGCUUCAAGAUUCGAAAAAUCAGUAAUGGAAAUGUCAUCACUGUGGCAGGUGAUGGUUUGAGAGGAUAUUCAGGAGAUGGAGGCUCUGCCCUAAUGGCUUCUAUUAACCUUCCAGGAGGAAUGACAUGGCUGCCUUUCACGAAUGAGUUGCUUUUUGCAGACACUGGAAAUAACGUCUUGAGAAUGAUUGAUUCGAAAGGGAUUAUUUCAACCGUUGGAGGUUUAUCAAGUGGAAUAGGAGGUUUUAAUGGAGAUGGCUCCAUUCUUAGAAACACUCAACUGAGCAACCCUGAAAAGCUCAUCUUUCGAAACAACACUCUCUACAUUGCGGACAAACUGAACCUCAGAAUUAGAAAAGUUUCGUUUCAACCAGUGACUGGUUUUUUAAAUCAAACCGUGAGCACAGUGGCAGGAAAUGGAAAAAACACCUCAACUGGAAAUGAAGAAGGAAUUCCUGCCAUCCUGGCAAGUAUUGAUACCCCUUAUGAAAUGGCUUUCGAUAGCACUAAUGGAGACAUGUACAUUGCAGAUUAUGGCCAUAACACUAUUCGAAAAGUGUCAUCAGGAAUAAUUACCACUGUGGCUGGAGGUGGAGUCACCUAUCAAAACAACGUGUUGGCCACUCUGACAACGUUAGAUCUUCCUCAAAGUGUGGCAGUUUCUGUGAGUGGUGAAAUUUUCAUUGCUGACUGUUGUACGAUUCGAAAAAUUUCAAAGGAUGGAAUGAUAACAACCAUUGCAGGUAAACGUGGAUCAGUAGGAUUGUCUCCAGACCAGUCUAUUGACGCAACCAAUGCACUUCUCAAUUCUCCACAAUCCUUAUUUAUUAACAAGAAUGGAGAAAUUGUCUUUUCUGAUCACUACAACAGUUUGAUUCGAAAAUUAAUACCUUAUUGCCCAACAGGAACCGUCAUGUCCCCCGAUGGUACUAUUUGUUUGGAAUAUUGUUAUGGUAUUCUUCAAAAUAUGACCAAUGUUUGCAGUGGAAAUGGAGUAUGCUCCUCCAACAAUACUUGUCAAUGCUCAAACGGAUAUUUUGGCAGUCAAUGUCAAUUCUAUACUUGUUUUGGAACGAAUUCCAGUGAUGCAAAUGUUUGCAGCAAACAUGGUACCUGUAUGGGCUUCAACAAUUGCACUUGCCAAGAAGGAUGGACCGGUAAUGAGUGCUCCAUUCCAGUUUGCAUUCCAGUCUUGGGUGGAACGAACCAAACAGUGGUUUGUUCAAAUAAGGUGAUUUCUGGAACUUCCAUGUAUUUUGAACAAAUUGGGAGUGUUAACAACUUGGAUUCGAAAAAUAUUUCUCUCUCUUCUGGAGAUGGAACUACCAAUACAAGAGUGCAAGUGAUAUUUCCUCCUUCAAUUUCGAAAGAAUUGUUGCCCUAUCUGAAUGACACCUCUGUAUCAUUAAUGGCAUCCAUUUAUCAACAACAAAAUUUUACAAAUUCUGCUUUGAGGAGUCCUUUAAUAUCGAUUACUGUGCUAAAUACUACUUCUGGUGAUGAAUUUUCAGUUCAACGUUUAAACAAUCCAAUCUCACUAAUUAUACCAAGCAGAAAUUUGCAGGAUGUUUUAAAUCCCAAUUUAACAUGCGUGUACUACGAUGUGACAGAUAAUUCUUGGAAGCAAGAAGGAGUUUCUACCAUUAGAAAUGAAGGCGCCUUGUCUUUUACAUGUCUCACCAAUCACCUGACAACAUUUGGUGUCAUUGAUGUCAAUUACAAAAAAGCUUCUCGACAAGACGAUACACACCAAACAACCAACGCGAUGGAUAGCAAUACCAUCAUAGCCAUUGUUGUGGGUAUAACUGGAUCAGUCUUGUUAUUGGGCCUUAUUGCUGCAAUUAUUAUUUGGGUCAUCAGCAUCUAUGUUAAAGUGAAAAGAAGGAAAAACAGACAACAAGCAUCUCCUUAA